UCCAAUGGCAAAAAUAAUCACUAUCAAUUCUCUACCAUUUUCUGCCGCGGCCUCCGCCUCGUCUUCGGGUGGCUCGGCCUCGCCUUCCACUAGCUCCCUCUCCUCCAAUUCUUCAUUCUCCGACAAGACAAAAAACUCAACAUUUCCUCAAGAAAACACAAGCAAAGAUGCAAAAAAAGUUUGUGGCUCGUACCGCGGCGUGAGGAAGCGGAGCUGGGGCAAAUGGGUCAGCGAAAUCCGAGAGCCGAGAAAGAAGUCAAGAAUAUGGCUCGGAACCUAUCCCACGGCUGAGAUGGCAGCUCGGGCGCACGAUGUGGCGGCUCUAGCCAUUAAAGGCCAUUCAGCCGUCUUGAACUUCCCCGGCUUGGCUCACGAACUGCCCCGCCCAGCUUCUGCCGUAGCUAAGGACAUCCAAGCCGCGGCUGCAAAGGCCGCCGCUUUGUCUUCCACCAGCGCCGAAGCCGAACCGAAUUUGGCGUCGGCUACAACGGCUCAUGACGAAGACGACGCAUUUUCCGACUUGCCAGAUUUGACCCUGGCUAGCUCGGACUUGGCUUCUUCGUGGCAGCUGGCUGGAGCCGAUAUUGGAAUAUUCUGGCGGCAAGAGCCGUUUUUGUGGGAAUGCUAACUGUUUCAACUUCUAAUUUUUUCUUUUCUUUUUCUUUUUAUUUUACAAAUUUGAGUUUGAUGUAUUCGAAAACCAGCUCAACUUUAUGAUACAAUGUACUAUAAUUGUUGUGUAAUUAUUAAGUAUAUACAGUAUAUAGUUUGAAAGGUGUGAUCAAUCAAAAUUUUUAAUGAAUAUUUCUCGUUUGAUU